GGCAUAAUCCGCCUCUAUAAUCCACCUCCAUCAUCGGUCUCCAGCAUUCACCACCAUCAUGUGCCGCCCCGGCCCCUGGGUGAGCCAGCCAGAAGCCAUGGAAACGGAACGGUUGAGUUAGAACGCCUAUAAAAGGCCUUCGCGUUCUUCAGUGCUUCCUUCUACGCCUAGACUUUGGUCGGACGGAGAAACCUGAAGGAGCCUAAAAAGCCUCUGAAGGAAAUAAACUCGCUGAAUAAGCCUGUACUUCGCCUACUGCUGAAGAUGACUGCUGCCCGAGAGAAGCGCCUGGAGGACCAGUUGGAAGCCCACAUCGUGGAGCGUCCAGCUGAUGGAUUCCCACCGCGGAUAGGUAACCUGGAGGAGGGUAAAGAUGAGCAUGACUUUGUUGUGUUUCCACACUUUUUUGCUGAGUUCAGUUCUGGGGAUGAGAGAGAGGAUGAUGAGGAUGAGUCAGAUUGUAGUUGUAGCACUCUACCAGAAGCUGCUAGAGUUAAGGUGGUGUCUAGUGAGGAGUCAGGGUAUUCUAGCCGGGAUGCUGAGGAAGAAGACGCUGGUGAUGACGAGGUACUUCUUCCUAACUUCAGGAUCUUGUGGGACCUAGAUGUGCCAGAAGAACCCCUGGAGCAUGAAGAAGAUGCCGGACCUCGAGGGACCUCCCGGGGUCCAUAUGGUCUUCAUAGUUCUGAGGAUGAGGAUGAGUCAGAUUUCAGUUGUAGUGAUCUUCCAGAAGCUGCUGGUGUUCAGAUGGUGUCUAGUGAGGAGUCAGGGCAUUCUAGCUGGGACACUGAGGAAGAAGAAGACACUUGUGUUGUAGAAGAGCCUUCUCCCAAACGUAGGAUUGUCCAGGUACUUUUACCUAAUUUCAAGAUCUUGUGGGACCUAGACGAGCCAGAAGAACCCCUGGAGCACGAAGAAGACGCCGAACCUCAAGGGACCUCCCCGCGUCCAUUUGUGCUUCAUAUUUCUGAGGAUGAGGGAGAGGAUUGUAGUUUUAGUGCUCUUCUAGAAGCUGCAGGUGUUCAGGUGGUGUCUGGUGAGGAGUCUGCGGAUUCUGGCUGUUUUGAGGAGGACCUGGCUCCCUUGGUUUGUCCAAAGAAGAUGAAUGCGGAGGAGGGUUUUAGAGAGGAGCAGUCCCCUCAAGAGCCGACUCCGUCAUCAUCUGGUGUUUGGGUUUCCAAGAAGAGGAGAAGGGAGGAAGGAGCUGAGGAGGAGGAGUGCUGCGUGAAGAAGAUUAAGAAGAAGGUCCCCCAGGAGAAGCUGACCCUCCGAGAGAGCAGUCCCUCAACCCCAGGUGUCAGCUCAUCAGGAAGACCGGAAGCUGAAGAGGACUUUGAGGAUGCGCAGCCUUCCACAUCGUGGGGUAGUACUUGGGGGAGAUCCUUAGCCUGGUGGUUUAGACCAAGAAACGAGUCCGACAGCGACUCUGAUUAGAGUGUUGAUCCCUGAUGACUGAAGGAGAUCAUUUCUUGGUUCUUUGUUACAAAAGCUCAUGUCUUUGUAGCAGGGCUGGGGAAGCUCUCAGUAGUGCCUUGCACCGGGCUUUCUGUAGCUCACUGAAGGAUUUUGUGUUUUUAAAUGCUACAGAGCUCAUAUCUGCUCUUCCCUU